GUCGAGACUGCCCGAGCCCCCGUCUGACGUUUCGUUGGCCGCGAUAUCACGGAACGGGUUGCAAUCCGAUGACCUUCUGGUCGCGCGAUGAGAAUCAACCGGUAACCGGGAGCCGCGAGAACGCAACCGACGUAAGGAGGACGCGACGCCGCGUCGGUGACACGGAGGAUCUGUAACGUGCCCAGUUAGCCGGACACACGGAGCGGAAACUAGUGUCCAUUGUGCGAGAGCCAGCAGCGGUGCGCUCGCGACCAGCGCCAUCGUCGCCGCCAGAGCAUCGACGCGGAGGAUGCGGAAGCGGAAUAGUGUCGUUGAGAUGCCGCGAAGGAGCCCCGAGACAUGAAGAGACCGCGACCGAGGGCCGCGUGGGUUUCUCUGAGUCAGGAGCGGCGGUAGCAGAGCCGUGAUCAAAAUGAGUCUUCUAAACAUGGAUUCGGAGAACCGCGUGGUCCUGAACGUGGGUGGAAUCCGGCACGAGACGUACAAGGCGACCCUGAAGAAGAUCCCCGCGACGAGGCUUUCGAGGCUGACCGAGGCCCUCGGGAACUACGACCCCAUCUUGAACGAGUACUUCUUCGACAGACAUCCGGGGGUCUUCGCCCAGGUCCUCAACUACUAUCGUACCGGAAAGCUCCACUAUCCGACGGAUGUUUGCGGGCCGUUGUUCGAGGAGGAGCUAGACUUCUGGGGUCUCGACUCCAAUCAGGUGGAGCCGUGUUGCUGGAUGACCUACACCCAGCAUCGGGACACGCAGGAAACGCUGACAGUCCUCGACAGGUUGGACCUCGAUACCGAGAAGCCCACCGACGAGGAACUGGCGAGGAAGUUCGGUUUCGAGGAGGCGUAUUACGACGGCACGCUGACGUGGUGGCAGAAGCUCAAGCCCCAGAUGUGGUCGCUGUUCGAUGAACCCUACUCCUCUUUGGCAGCCAAGGUGAUAAGCAUAGUCUCAGUCUUCUUCAUCUGCAUCUCGAUCGUGUCGUUCUGCCUGAAGACGCAUCCGGACAUGCGAGUGCCGGUGAUCGUGAACCGGACGGUGAACAUAGGCAACAUGACCUCGUGGGCAGUGGACAAAACGCACACGAACGCUCACGACUUCUUUUUCUACAUCGAGUGCAUGUGCAACGCCUGGUUUACCCUCGAGUUCCUGAUACGUAUCACCGCCAGCCCGAAUCGCUGCGUGUUCAUAAAGAGCUCGGUGAACCUGAUCGACAUGGUGGCGACGCUCAGCUUCUAUCUCGAUCUGGCGUUGCAGCGUUUCGCCUCCCAUCUGGAGAACGCGGACAUCCUCGAGUUUCUGAGCAUCAUACGCAUCAUGAGGCUGUUCAAGCUGACCCGUCACUCGUCCGGCCUGAAGAUCCUUAUACAGACGUUCCGCGCCUCGGCCAAGGAGCUCACGCUGCUGGUGUUCUUUCUGGUACUAGGGAUCGUGAUAUUCGCCAGCCUGGUCUAUUACGCCGAACGUACGCAGUACAAUCCGAAGAACGACUUCAAGAGCAUACCGUUGGGCCUGUGGUGGGCCCUGGUCACGAUGACCACCGUCGGUUACGGGGACAUGGUGCCGAAGACCUACGUCGGAAUGUUCGUUGGCGCGCUCUGCGCUCUAGCCGGCGUAUUAACGAUCGCCCUGCCCGUGCCCGUGAUCGUCAGCAACUUUGCGAUGUAUUACAGUCACACGCAGGCGCGAGCCAAGCUACCGAAGAAGAGACGCCGCGUACUUCCGGUCGAGCAGCCUAGAGUGAGGGCUUCGGGCGCUCCGCCAGGAAUGGCCGGAGUACCAGGGACUACUGGCCCACCGGGUUGCGCCCCGCAGCACAUGCCACCGGGUGGACCACUAUCGGCUACCGGUGCUCUAGCUCCUGGCCUUGGACAGACGCCUGGAGUUGGCUGCCCUGGAGUUCAAGGGCCCCAAAACAGACGGAUGAACGCCAUCAAGACCAAUCAUCCCAAGGAUGUUUCGUUCGCCACGAAAACAGAGGAGGACCGGAGGAACUCUAACCUACGGACUAACGGGACCAAGACAGCCGGAGGUUUGGGUUAAGCUGGAACCAAGGCUACUUCUCCACUGCCGAGGUGCACUCGACCCGGGGCGUUGGGAUGACCGUGUCGCGAGAGGAAAAUGGCGAGAGAAAACGUGGACGAUGGGGGAAAAAGGAUCGCCGGAGGAGCGGGGCUCAAGACGGGUAUCAAGAUUGCACGGUCUAUAAGGGAAUAGUAGAUCGCUGCGGACGAAAUGUCGGAUUUUUACUGCGACGGAUCGCGACGCGUGAAUUAUUCGAACCGUUCGUUCUCUUUCUUUUUACCAAGGGGAGCCGACUCGCCCUCGACUUUCACGCUUUUGAGUUGAGUUGAGUGAAGUUGACGAUUGGAUCUCGAUUACGGGAAUUUAAAUUAUAUUUGACCUUCGACGAGUACAGUUUAUAUGUAUUGUUAACGGGGGUGUGCAAACUCUGAAGAUUUACGAGGUCACGGAGGGUCAAUAAAUUCUCGAUCCACGCAGCGGAGUUGGGCAUCGAUCGCUGGAAUUAAUAGCGCACGAUUUACGAUUAUCUCCACUCUGCAGUGGAAUUUGCACGAAAUAUCGG